GAGAAGCUGACGGCUUGACGAUCGCUCGGCCAUUUUUGUCGUGUUCGUCGCAACGAGGAGUCGAUACUCCGCUCGCGAAGAGGUGACAAUUAUUCGACAUGGUGAACGGAAGAAUUCCGUCGGUCUUCUCCAAGACCUACGUCACUCCCAGGAGGCCGUACGAGAAGGCUCGUCUUGACCAGGAGUUACGUAUUAUCGGAGAAUACGGGCUUCGUAAUAAACGUGAAGUAUGGAGGGUCAAAUAUGCCCUAGCCAAGAUCCGGAAGGCUGCUCGUGAGUUACUCACGCUGGAGGAGAAAGAUCCGAAGCGUCUCUUCGAAGGAAAUGCCCUGCUUCGUCGUUUGGUAAGAGUUGGUGUGUUGAACGAAGCUCACAUGAAACUCGAUUACGUGUUGGGCUUGAAGAUUGAAGACUUUCUGGAGCGCCGUCUGCAGACUCAAGUAUUCAAGCUGGGAUUGGCCAAGUCCAUCCAUCAUGCUCGCGUGCUUAUUCGCCAACGGCAUAUUCGAGUGCGUAAACAGGUGGUGAAUAUUCCAUCGUUCAUCGUGCGAUUGGACUCGCAAAAGCAUAUCGAUUUCUCGCUGAAAUCACCAUUCGGUGGCGGCAGACCUGGCCGCGUCAAGAGGAAGAACCUGAGGAAGGGAAGUGGCGGUGCUGUACCAGAAGAGGAGGAGGAUUAAAUUGAUUGUUGUCGCGGUUUAUUGUCUCAAUAAAUGCGCGAUCUAUAAUAAUUAA